UGGAGUUAUUCAGAAAGGCGCGCUUUUCUAUUUUUUUUCGUGGACGCGCCUCUAGCUACGGCAUGAUGUCCUUUGCGACCAUGCAUGCUUAAAGUGCAGUAAUAAAUUACCGAAGAUGCUUGCUCUCUAAUGGCGAAAGGCCUUUGAUUUGAGCUCCCUUCUUCCUUGUACCACUACCGUUUAUAAAAUAAGAGAGCCUCACUCUAAUGGCCGUGCAGCUCUUCUCUGUUGAGGCUCUGAAUCGAUUGGAAUCUUCUCUGGUUUCGAGGGGUUCUCCUCCUAAGGUAGUGGGGAGGUCUAAGGGUUUUUGCAACUCCAUUUCUAGGGUCUCCUGUAAGUCAAUUUCUAGGGUUUUCUGCAACUCAAUUUCAAUGGAUAGAGGCGUUAGGGCAGCUGAAAACCCUAAGGAGAAGAAGCUUUGGGGCGGGAGGUUUCAGGACCGUGUGACUGAUGCAGUGGAGAGGUUCAGUGAGUCUGUGUCUUUUGACAAGAAGCUUUAUAGGCAGGACAUCAAUGGAAGCAGGGCUCAUGCCUCCAUGCUUGCUGAACAGGGUUUGAUGAGUGCCAGUGAUAAGGAUAGCAUACUUCAUGGUCUUGAUGAAAUUGAACGACAAAUUGAAGGAGGGGAGUUUGUUUGGAGAGCAGAUAGAGAGGAUGUUCACAUGAACAUUGAAGCUGCUCUCACUGAUUUGAUUGGUGAGCCUGCGAAGAAACUUCACACUGCAAGAAGUCGCAAUGAUCAAGUUGUAACAGAUGUUCGACUUUGGUGUCGGGAUGCUAUUGAUAGAAUUGUUUCAUGUAUAAGGCAACUUCAGGUGGCUCUUAUAAAGUUAGCAAUUAAGAAUGAAGGCUUGAUAGUCCCUGGAUAUACGCAUUUGCAAAGGGCACAACCUGUUCUUUUGCAGCAUCUCCUCUUGUCAUAUGUUGAACAGCUGGAACGUGAUUCUGGUCGACUGGUUGACUGCAAAGAUCGUUUAAACUUUUCCCCUUUGGGAGCUUGUGCAUUGGCUGGUACUGGGCUUCCCAUUAACCGGUUCAUGACAUCAGAUGCUCUUGGAUUUCGUGCGCCUCUAAGGAACAGCAUUGAUGCGGUUUCAGAUCGUGAUUUUCUAUUAGAGCUUCUUUCAUCCAAUUCAAUCACAGCGAUACACCUAUCCCGCCUUGGUGAAGAAUGGGUUUUAUGGGCUUCUGAGGAGUUUGGAUUUCUGACUCCCAGUGAUUCAGUCUCAACUGGAAGCAGCAUUAUGCCUCAGAAGAAGAACCCUGAUCCCAUGGAACUUGUUCGCGGGAAAUCAGCUAGGGUUAUCGGAGACCUCACCACUCUCUUGGUGCUCUGCAAGGGUCUUCCACAGGCUUACAAUCGUGAUUUGCAGGAGGACAAAGAGCCUCUAUUUGACAGUGUUGAGACAAUCAUUGGAAUGCUUGAAGUCUCGGCCGAGUUUGCAGAGAAUGUUACGUUCAAUCGUGAGAGGAUACAGAGAUCACUGCCUGCUGGGCACUUGGAUGCUACUACUCUUGCAGAUUACCUUGUGAAGAAGGGCAUCCCUUUCAGAACCUCUCAUGAUAUAGUUGGAAGGGCGGUGGCAAUGUGUGUUUCCAAGAAUUGCCAGCUCUCAGAGCUGCCCCUGGACCAGCUGACCAGCAUAAGCCCUGUUUUUGAUGAAAGUGUCUAUGAAUUUUUAGGCUUUGAAAACUCAGUCAAGAAGUUUUGCUCAUAUGGGUCCACAGGCCCAGAUUGUGUUGCAGAUCAGCUCAGCUUCUGGUGCAAGCAACUGAAUAUUGGAAGAUAGACAUUUUAUCAGAGAAUGCAUCUGUUGGGUCAGAUCAAAGUCACUGGAAAUCACUUUGCGCUGGGUGGGUGGGUGAGUGGGUGUGUUAGCGAGAGAGAGAGAGAGAGAGAGAGAGAGAGAGAGAGAGAGGGGCUGGUAAGAUGCGUAUUGAAAAUUGUUGAACUAUUUUUUGUAUGUUGAGAGAGAUGGAGAAAGAGAGAGAGGACUGGUAAGAUCCGUAUUGAAAAUUGUUAUACUAUUUACCGUAUUGCAUUUAUUUCAAGAUUUAGAUCUAA